AUGGUUUUCUUCUCCAAAUUCGUUAUGCUUGGAAUAGCUGCUCUUGCAGUCGCUCAUCCGGGUCAUGAAGAGCACUCAAGUCCAGCCUUGAAGCGAAGCUUUCUUCAUCAUUCCCGACGUAGCUUGGCAGCGUGUGCAGACAAGCUCGAGUAUCGUGAACUUCAAGCCCGCGCAGCUUCUCGGCGAAGAGAUAUUGCCAAGAAGAAUGCGAAGAAAAGCACUGAUUCCGGUUUCCUCAGGGUCAGAGAUCUCUCGACCGUUCUGGCAACCUCUCACCAGUCUAACAUAACUGGUGUCACGGCAGUCUCCUCGUCAGAUGUCUUCUUCUCCGAUGAUGUGACUUGCAUCCUCUCUCCGGAGGGGGAAGUCGGCCCCUUCUGGGUCAAGGGAGAGCUGAUUCGGGCUGACCUGGUCGAUGAUGAGCCCGGUGUUCCAGUAGUGAUGGAUGCCCAAUUCAUCGAUGUCAACACCUGCGAGCCAAUUGUUGACCUCUACUGGGAUGUCUGGAACUGCAAUUCCACUGGUGUCUACUCCGGAGUUCAAGACAGCAGCAACGGCAAUGGAAACGACGCGAGUAACCUGGAUAACACUGCCCUGCGAGGUCUGCAGCCAACAGACUCUGAUGGUGUGGCUCAAUUCCAGACUAUUUUCCCUGGUCAUUAUAGUGGCCGCGCAACGCAUGUUCAUGUCAUCGCUCAUGUUGGUGCAACUGUGCUUUCCAAUGGUACCCUGACUGGGGGUAAUAUUGCCCAUACUGGUCAGAUGUUCUACGACCAGGACCUCAUUACUCAGGUUGAGGCCCUGUCUCCGUAUAGCGAGAAUACGGUGGCUAUCACCCUUAAUGCCAACGACCGCGUUCUGUCUGAUGAGACUGUCAAUAGUGACUCGGAUCCGGUCUUCAACUAUGUUCUUCUGGGUGAUACCGUUGAAGAUGGGUUGUUUUCGUGGGUCACUGUCGGUAUCGACACCUCUGCCAGCUAUAGUGCGAGCUAUGCUUCCCUUCUUACCGCCGAGGGAGGUGUUUCGAGCUCCAACAGUGGAGGCAGCUCUAGCACCGGUGGAAACGGAGGCACUGGUGCAGGUAAUGGUGGAAGUGGCCCUGGUGGACCGAACUAA